AACAGUUGAGCAACGGUUAACGUUUCUUAUCGGUUACCAGGAGUCUCCGCCGAAAACAGCGCAAUUUAACCGGGUCAAACUGACGUCUGUUGACUCGGGACAAACGACUGUUUUCUCUCUAAUGUGUGCAGAGUGAAAGCCCGCCCUCUUCCGCGCCCACAGGCCAACGGCAGGAGGGCAGAGUCGGAGGACGGUACAUUGUUUUGAACGCGCUAGCUAACUUUUUGCAGAGUUUGUUUUUUAGAAGCUAACCGUUAGCAUCAAACGCGCUAAUAAAAGUCGACCGAGCGCUUUCUGUAGCUUAGCUUAGCUCCGGGCAAAAUGGUGACUUUCUCGGCGGCGGUCAGACCCCUCAUCUCCCACCUCCAGCGGCAGCUCGUCAGACACGGCAGGAGUCACCGGAUAACGGCCGUCAGAAGAUGCAACCUGACGGCUUGUUCCAGCAAAUAUGUGCUGUCUCAGAUGCAUCCCAUGUGGCAGGGACCCCUCGCGGUACCAGGAGGCGAUCGACAGUCUCCCAUAGACAUCGUCGUGAGAAAGAGCGUCUUCGAUUCGAAGCUGAAGCCGCUGGAGACGGAGUACGACCCCCAGACAUGUCAGCAAAUCUGGAACAACGGUUAUUCCUUUCUGGUCGAGUACGACGACACCACAGACAAGUCCACGCUGAAAGGGGGCCCCCUGCAAGACAGGUUCAGGCUGUGUCAGUUCCACUUCCACUGGGGGGAGAGCAACUCCUGGGGAUCCGAGCACACCGUGGACAGGAGGCUGUUCCCUGCAGAGCUCCACUUGGUUCACUGGAACUCUGAUAAGUACAGCCUGUUCGAGGAGGCAGUGAUGGAAGACAACGGACUGGCUGUUAUUGGAGUUUUCCUCAAGGUGGGAAAGAGACACGAGGGGCUGCAGAAGCUGGUGGACGCCCUGCCUGCAAUCAGACACAAGGGUAGUGUAGUGGAGUUUACCCUGUUCGAUCCUGGAUGUCUGCUACCCGCCAACACCGACGAUUACUGGACGUACCACGGCUCUCUGACUACACCUCCUUUAACCGAAUCUGUCACCUGGAUCGUCAUGAAGCAGCACAUUGAAGUCAGCCACGACCAGCUGGCGGUUUUCCGGAGCCUCCUGUUCACGUCGGCCGAGGAGGAAGUCCAGAAGAGCAUGGUGAACAACUUCCGGGUGCAGCAGCCUCUCCGGGGUCGAACCGUCCGCUCGUCCUUCACGCCCUUCCUGCAGGAGGCGCCGCCCGCCGAGGGCCACUGACGACGUCGGUUCAGUAACACACUGUCCACCGUUCAUCUCCACAACACUUCAACAACACCUGAAGCAAACAAAAAACAUAUUUAAGAGAGCGACAAAGCUCCCUCUGAGGAGCUUCAGUCGUACUUUGUGCUGGUUUUCUAUCAUGAAUGUUUUUAUUUAGCUUUUACAAACGGUUUUACACAACAGGGGGAUGCAGUUUCUGAUUGGUUGUGUUUCAUUUUUCAUAGUUUGGUUUGAUUGUUGCAGACCAACAACCAAAAAGGGACGGUUAAUGGAUAAAAACACAGAAAUAUGUGGUGUAAAGUGUGCACAGGUAGCUCACAUUUGCACUUCAGUGCAACCUGUGCACACUUUACUCCACAUAUUCCUGUAAAAUAAUCAAACCGAUCCCUGUUCAUUUUCAUUUUUCAUAUUUUGGUUUGAUUGUUGCAGACCAAUAACCGAUAAGGGACGGCUGCUUUUGGGGGAAAACAUGCAGUUUUACCACUUUUAUGAACAUAAAUCCUAUUUAUUGUGCAUUUCGCAGCUCGUUCGGUUACCGUACGGGAGUUAGUGGCUGCAGUGGAGCUCCGAUCUCCUCACGCUGACGUUUUUAUCCAUAAAAGGAAGCUGAAGCUGCUCUCGGUUUACAGGAGGUUUAACACGCCGUCUGGACGGAGCCGUCUCUCCUCUGAGAUACAGAGUAAAUCCCAAAUCAUCAGUGGCUUCACACCACAGCGUCACUUUUAUAAAUCCUGUACGAUCAGGUGCUGAUUUAUUGCUGAUUAUUUUUAAUCGUCUACAUUAUAAAGAUCAAUAGAAUGUGUAUUUUUCUUCAUCUGUUACAAAGAGAUUAGCCUGUAAAUGGUACAUCUGACAUUCAGACGCCUUUUCCUUUUACUUUGGGGGUUUUUAAACUCCCACAUGCAGCCUUUUGUUACUAAUAUGCAUAGGUUACUAAAGCACAUGGGUGUGUUGUGAUUGAAACGAGCAGUUCUCUGCAAACGACCACAGUGCCUUAAAUGUUUCAACUCAGCCUCUCAGAGCUCGUAGAUUGUCUUCCUUCAGGCUGAUGUUCAGUAUCGUCUCGAGGUCUUUUACUCAGACUGCAGGAGUUUCAGGAGGAUUUAUCCACUUUUACGCUCGAAACAAUCAGCUGUAAAUGAUUUAUGACUCCUGAAAUCAGUUUACUUAUUGAAAUGUGGUGUUUUUUACAUCACAGUUUCAUCUUAAGGAGUUUAAAAUGCCUUUUUAAUCAUAGAAAUGCUGUAUUGAUCGACUGAUAUGGGUCUUUUAAAGGCUGAAGAUGAUUAUUGGUGCUAAAGAAAGGCUUCUAUACACUAAAAGUAAUGUUUUAACAGAGACAACCUGUCAUUUAUAACUAGAGUUCUUCAUUAAUAAGGGUAACUAGAACUGAAUGUGUAAAAUAGAGAUGGAUCGGGUUGUCUCCUGCCGUUUUUUGUCUGCUGUUCUGUCACUGUUUUAUCACUUUAUUUGUCCACUAAGGUUCAAAUCUUUCUCAGAGUUGUUUCUGACUGAAUUAAAUGUAGGUUGUUUUGGUGUUCUGGUACGAUUAUCACUCUACCACUAACCAAAGAUAAACAUUUUAACCUUUUGAUCAGAUAUUAGAACCAAGGAAAAGGUGACAUCUCCACCAUCGUUUUACUCAUUCAGACACGUUUUGUUUUUGAGGGUUUUUUUUCACUUAUCGCUAGAGAAGGUUGUCUUGAAUUUUUGAGAUCACUUAAGGCAGGGAUGUCAAAGUCAUGCUAGUUCAGGGGCCACAUUAAGUCCAGUUAGAAAAGUUCAAUCUCAAGAACAUUAUGCCUCAGUUUAUCAUUUACACAUUACAGCUGCCAGGUCACAGAGUGUCUAGAAAGGCUCAAAGCAUUUAGUCAUCUGGAACUGAAUGAUGUAAUAUUUUACUUUAUGGUCAAAACAACUUGUCAUGGUCUAGAAAUUAUUUAAAAUGUAUGGUUUUACUAAUUUACAAUCUGCAGUUAAUGUCUUCUCUGUAAUUUUUGCACUUUACAAAGUCGUCCCAUGCUGCAUGUUUGACACCCCUGACUUCAAGUGACAUAUUUUUCUCAUAUUGCACAUUUAAAGUCAGACAGAAGAGGUUUCCCUUGAUGAUGCAACCCGUUUUAAAACUCCUGCAGUCUGAGUCGACGUGAUUUAUGCAGAAACUCAGCAGAAGAAUCCAGUAAACGCUGCCAAGACUGACGUCUGCAGAGUGAAGGUUAGAGAGCUGCUGCCUUCAGUCAGUCGUCUGCUUUAGUUCUGUCACUUCAUGUGUUUAACACAAGAUUAAUCAAACUAACACCAUCGCAUUUUACUGUUGGUAGCAUUUAAAAGUGUAUAUAUUCUAAAGUAAAAUGCACAAAAGGUUUUCAAAGUGACCCAGUGGGACCAACUGACCACAACAGCCUCAUAAUCACCGCCUUGAUGCAGAGCUUUACCUGUUGUUCUCUCUGACAUCUGCAGUAAAUUCAGCAGCUCUGUGGUGCUUUUUUUUCCUCUUAAUUGGGAGGGAGCUCAUGCAACGUUGUAUCAUGUAAAGAAAUCUGGAAGUGCGACGCUCUGGAUGAAUGUGUCCGUGCAGGAAAGUUAAAAGAUAAGAGAGAUUUGAGGUAAAAGAGGCGGACAGAUAGAAAAGAUCUGGUGUUUAAAGGUUGAGUCGAGGUCACGGUUGUCUCUCGGAUUCUCUUCCAACAAUGAAUCUGUUUCUCCGACGCUCAGACGAGGCCUCCUGAGGUGGAAGCCGCUCUGAAAGAACCCAAACGUAGAGAAAAGAGGCGAUGCUUUGUGAUCUGAGCGACGUUAACUAGUGGUGAAGACUGCAGACUGCUCACAGUAACACCAGAGGAGAUUUCUGAAAAGUCCAUGAGGUUGUCUUGCUUUUUUUCUGUGUAUCAAACCAACAUGGAGACAAGGGACCCACUGCUGCCUUCAUCUUAUUCAUGUCUUUAAAUCAUGCACCAUCAUCUGCCUUCGUUUCACAUUUUCAUGCCUUUUUUUUUUUUUUUAAUUGACGCCUUUAAUGUCGUCAAACUGCAAUGCAAAUGUUAAAUCGGUUGAAAAUGGUUCUCUGAGCUGCCUUUGGGAAUCGGUUUACUUCCAAAUCAAGAUGUUUUCUGCAUCACAGCGACACCUCAAGGAGUUUGAAAUGUUCGUCUCGCUGUACUCCAUGUUUUGUUGCGUCUUUUCCGGCCUCCUGUAUCUGUUUGGGAUGUUUUAGCAGGUGUAGGUUGUGUUUCUAUACACUGUACGCAGUGCAUAUUUUAGCUGUUUAUUUGUCCAGCCCACAUUCCUGCCCCAGUGAGGCCCCAGUGAGGCCCCUCUCCCUUCCCAGCAUGCCUCUCUCCACCUGGUCCAGGAAGGCGUCGCCCCCAGAGACCCUCCUGUUUCUGAUGUAAAUAUGAUUUUAAAGAAACUGACAUAUAUAUAUAUCAAUAAAGUAAUAUGUGAUGGAAAGACGA